AUGUCAUUCGUCUACCCUCCGCCAGCUCCAGCAGAAAAUCCAUCGGCCAAUUCGCCAUCUUUUGGCAUCGGCUCGAGCCUGGCCAUAUCAUGGACCAACACUACCUCGACCUACUCGAAUGCCACAUUGGUGUUGAUGAAAAAUGAUGGCAACCACACCUGCACCCUUUUGAAUCUCGGCCUGGCAUAUUGUGAAGCCAUUCAACUCGGUGCUCCGUUCAUGGCCAGAAAUCUCAUGUAUCCGUGCAUUUCAGCCUCAUUCAGCGCAUACGAUUCCCAUGGGAUUUCGUGGAGAGUCAGCACUUACGCCUACCCUGAAUAUCCUGCCGACACCAAUCCCUCCUAUUACCUGAUCUUGGCUGCCUUCGAUACGACUGGCGUUGUCAGUAAAUUUUACUCGCAUGACUUCUUCAUUUAUCCACCAGAUGAUGUACCGACCACCACCUACACGGGAUCUACGCCACCAACUACCACCUCCAACACCGCUUCCUCCAGCACCGCUUCUUCCACUAUCGCUUCCUCCACUACCACGGCCUCCUCUUCGAUCAGCUCAUCAGCAACGUCCGCGGCAAUCGCGUUGACCACCUCAGCGCCCUCUCCCGGGCUGAAUGGGAGUGACAAGAUAGCCAUUGGUGUCGCAGUUGGGCUCGGCUUACCAUUGAUCAUCGCCUUGGCCAUCAUCGCAUUCUUCCUCUUCAAAAAACGACGCAAGAACUCUCCUGCAUCGGCUCCAGCCAAUCCCAGAAAUUACCAGGACAGUAAGUCUUUCGCGGCUUCCUCCCAUAACAUUGGUGAAGACUGGGCGACCACGGGCACGCCAGCGCCCUCGGAGCUGGGCUCAAGACCGAUACCGACGCACCAAGCGCAUGGCUGGCAGCCUCAGCAACAGCAGCAGCCACCGGUUGUCAGCCCCUUCCAUGAUGCUGGUGAGUCGUAUCUGGAAGCAGUCGCCAGCAGGCCUUUCUUGUCUUGGCUCGACGAAACGAGCAAGACCUAA